GCUCCUUGUGUCCGCCGCCGCAGAGGUGUUCGAAAUAUAUCUACAUUUCGACGUGAAGUCCGCACCCAAACAUCCCUUUUUACUGGCUGAUGGAGAUUCAGUCAGAGCGCCCUACGGAUAGCAUCUACAAGCCACCCUUUUCGAAAUGGAUCUUCGCAAUUUUCGCUAUGGACAUGUCGUAGAUUGAACGCUUAUUGCACACUGAUGAUCUCCUGGCGCAUCUGGAAAUCCUUCCAUGCUGGUGUCGGUUCGGGUGGCCCAAAACUUACUGACAGCCUCGUCAUAUUCAUUGAAAGCUCGGGCGCAUCUCUAGCCUGCGGCGUUGCUGCCCUCAGCGCAUACGCGCUACACGAGCUUGUCUGCUUGCUUCUCAUAGACAUUUUUCCCGUGGUUGCAGCGACCGCAUAUGUGCUCAUCAGUGUCCGUGUGUCUCUCGGUAUCGCGCGCGAGGGUAUCUCAGCUCCGCGCAGCGCGCUCGAGUGGGCGGUCGCGUACCCGACAAGCGAUUCCACUACGGAACAGACGGCCGAACAGUUGGAUGACAAGACCGUUGGCGACAGUGUCAAGGUACCAUCGGCCACACUCCCGUCUAGCGAUGCGACGAUAUCGCCUCACGACCUCGAACAGACUGAUGCAAUUUCUCCUACAAUGGAGAGUUCGUAACGAAAGGAAUGUUUUACGAACUGACUACCGUACAUAAAGUGUGAGAGGUCAUCUCGCCUGCUAUGGCUGGACCUUCGUCGCCUGGAUAGUAAGGAUUUGCCUGACAUCGACCCCCAUCAUCGUAUCCGUCAAUGCCGCGUCCAAAGUGAUGGGUGAGUGACGGAGCUCAACUGACGAAUUGCCUCUGGGACGCUGUUGAGUACUCAUCACUGACUUCUGAUCUAUAUGACCCCGCACUGACAGCUCCCAAGUCCUC